UGUACAGUAGAGGAAACAACAAGCAUGAUUUUAUUCUUGAAUCUCUAGGUCCCAGAAAGCUAUCCGGUGGUUGACAGCCUCCCAGUGCCUCGGGCCAUGGAAACAGUUUCUCAAUAUGCAUGUCAGAGGAGGACAACAUUGAAGAACUACAACAACAUAUUUACGGAUGCAUUUGAGAUUCUGUCUCAAAAUUUCGAGUUCAUUGAGAGUGAAGGACCUUGUCUGGCCUUUAUGAGGGCAACCUCAGUGCUGAAAUCCCUUCCUCGCGCUAUCCACAGCUUGCAAGACCUAGAAGGCCUACCCUGUCUGGGAGACCAAAUAAAAUCUGUCAUUGAGGAUAUUCUUGAAUGUGGAAAUUCUUCUAGGGUUCAGGAUGUCUUAAGUGAUGACAGAUAUAAAGCAUUCAAGUUGUUUACAAGUGUCUUUGGGGUGGGACUGAAGACUGCUGAGAGAUGGUACAGGAGAGGUUUCCGGUCCCUUGAAGAAGUCAAAGCAGACAACAGUAUUCAUUUUACAAAGAUGCAGAAAGCAGGUUUCCUGUAUUAUGAUGAUAUUUCAAGGGCAGUCAGCCGGUAUGAGGCCAAUGCAGUUGGUCAGAUUCUGGAGGACACGGUUCAUCUGUUUGUGCCUGAUGCAUUGGUUGUAGUGACUGGUGGUUUCAGAAGAGGGAAGGAGUUUGGCCAUGAUGUGGAUUUUUUGAUUACUACUCCAGAGUCAGAGAAGGAAGAAGGGCUCUUAUAUAAUGUGAUAAACGAACUCAAGUAUCAGGGCAUUCUGCUGUACUAUGAUAUCAUUGACGCGACAUUUGACAAGACCAAGCUGCCCAGCAUGAAGUUUGAGGCAAUGGAUCACUUUGAAAAGUGCUUCGCGAUUAUAAAAUUAAACAAAAAGCUUGUGAAGUGCGAUGGGCAGGAGGAACUUGCUGGUGACAAAGACUGGAAAGCUAUCCGUGUGGAUCUGGUCGUCCCUCCUGUGGACUGUUUUGCCUUUGCAUUGUUGGGCUGGAGUGGUUCAAGGCAAUUUGAAAGAGACUUGAGACGAUAUGCCCAUCACGAGAAGAAGAUGAUUCUGGAUAACCAUGCCCUUUAUGACAAAUCUAAGAAAACAUUUCUAUCGGCUAAGACUGAGAAAGACAUCUUUGAUCAUUUGGGGCUGGACUUCAUCGAACCAUGGGAAAGAAAUGCAUGAGAGACAUUAGUAUGUUAUCAAUAAUGCAUUCAUCUAAAGUCUAGCAGUCCUCUACAAUUCAUUGUAUAGAUCUGUUGCUUUUUGGCUAUCACACAACACAGCAUUUUGUAUACUAAACUUUUAUUGUUUGAGGUGCUUUCUUCUUAGCUUAACUAAUCAUAUUAUAAAACAAAAAAUGCUUUCUGGCUUAAUAUUGUUUAAAAAUAGAUUCAACAUUUAAAUUCUUUGUGUUAUCAGACACAUCUUGAUUGAAAAAUUGAAUUUACGAAAUGUAUGAAUGAGAUCAGGCCAUUGGCCCAUCUAAGCUUGUACGGUUCCUAGUAGCUGAUAGUUCUCAAAAUGAUGUGUCUUAAAGGAUCCAAAUGUUUUUGCCUCAAAACAUGACUAUACCCUCACCAUUUUAUGAAGUGUCUAUUUCUCUCUGUCUUAAGUCUAUCUCCACACAAUGUCCAACUGUGUACUCUGGUCCUGGUUUCUCUACUGCCCUUAAAUUAUUGGUCAUGAUUUACUCCUUUUUGUAGACUUCAGUCAUGCCCCCUUC